AAAAGAUACUACAGCACGCGGAAAGGGGGCGGGGUCAGAGCAUCUGAGAGGAGCUGGAUGGUGUUUCCCUUUAAUUACAGCAGGAAGAAGAAUUCCAGGGGGUGUGGCCAGUUUGUUGACAACGAGCGGAGCAGGUAGCUGCAUGUAGCCAUGUCCUCUCCAGAGAUCGCCUCUCUCUCCUGGGGCCACAUGAAGGUGAAGGGAUGCUCUUCCAGCUACAAGGACUGUAAGGUCUGGCCUGGAGGCAGCCGGGCCUGGGACUGGAGAGAGACUGGGACUGAUCAUUACCCAGGAGUACAACCUGCUGAUGUGGAGGAGGUGCUGAAGAAGGGGAUCGACUUGCUGGUGAUCGGCAGAGGCAUGAGUGAAGCUCUGCAGGUCCCCUCCUCCACUGUGGACUUUGUGAAGCAGAAAGGCGUUGACGUCAGAGUCUUGCAGACGGAAAAGGCCGUUGCUGAAUAUAACAAACUGGCUGGCCAGGGUGCCAAGGUGGGUGGCGUCUUCCACUCCACCUGUUAAGGAUGUCCCUUGUCUUGCUGCACCAACGAAGAUGACCUACAGAAGAUGAGGGGAAGCCUGUACCAUACCAUGGCUCUCAGUCUCUGUUUUGCCAGAUGUGUAGCCGGCUACUUCUUCUAGCUCUCAGCUUUUUCCUGCAUGGUUACGACUGAAACGUCUUCAUUACAUCGCUAAUCUUGCGAAGUAGGAAAGCCCUCAUUUCAGCGUGUUAGCUGCACUGUAGAAGAGCGCUGGCAACUUCUGCGUAUGAUUAUAAAUCAGUGAAGUUAGAGAAAAGCACUUCAGAUGGCCUUUGUAUAUUUGACUGUAGAUGAAGAGAUCACAUCUGUCGACUUGAACUGUUCUCUAAACAGGAAGAAGUUCAGUUCUGUCAUUGACAUCAAUGACAGAACUGAACUUCUUCCUGUUUCAAAGAUUGAGGAUCAAAUUGACAAUGAAAUACAGAUACAUUUUACCUUUUAAAGAACUUUUUUGUAAAGAUUGAACAUAAGGUACAUUUCUCAUGAGGUGAAAAUGUAUUUCUGCUUGUUUGCUACAGAAAAUAAAAUUAGAAAAUUA